AUGAAGAUGAACCUCUUCUCUGCCGUCUUGGCCGUGCUGCUCGGGCUUUCAGCCCAAAACGACUCCCUGGUGCAACCUCAAGAAGAAGGUGUGAAAACAAAUGGAUCUCAUCGCUUGGACAUAACUUCAAGAAUUCUGGAGGCAAAUAAAGGCGUCGACCAGGUGCUGGUGGAAGGUGACGUUGCUCUCUCCAGGAAAAGAAAUGCCAUGAAUUGCUGGAGCGGAAACUGCAAGUGGACAAAAUCCAGGAGGGGUUUGGUUGAGGUUCCGUACACCAUCAGCGAUUUUUACUUCGACAGUGAAAGGGCCUCGAUAUUGAAAGCCAUGGAAAGGUUCCAGCAGGCAACCUGUGUUCGUUUUGUUCCUCAUCGUGGUCAGUCGGACUUCCUGAGCAUCGAGAGUGAAAGGGGAUGCUGGUCCACCAUCGGCAAAGAGGGCGGCCGGCAGGUGGUUUCUCUGUCUGUGCACGGUUGUCUGGAGCGUGGGAUCAUUCAGCACGAGCUCCUCCACGCACUGGGCUUCCACCAUGAACACACACGGAGAGACAGGGACCAGUACGUCAGGAUCAACUGGGGAAACAUCGCAGCAGGAAAUACAUUCAACUUCAACAAAAUGGACACCAACAACCUGAACACACCAUAUGACUAUUCUUCUGUUAUGCACUAUGGAAGGAGUGCUUUUGCAGGGACAUUUGGAGCAGAGACCAUCACUCCCAUCCCAGACUCCUCUGUGCCAAUCGGACAGAGGGAGGAUAUGUCUGAUAUCGACAUCAACAGGAUCAUCAGAUUUUUCGGAUGCAGUAAGUGUAGAAAUCAAUAA